AUGCAGAGGGAAGUUGUUGGGUCGUUAAAAGGCCUUUUCGGGCUGGAUUCUCUGAGGUUUCAACAGGACUUGGAUGGUUCUUUUAAAAAUGUAUGUUUUAGUAAAGAUCAGAAUAAAUUAGAAGUAAAUAUGGAAAAUAUUCAGGAGUCAUUUGAUAAAAUAACUUUGGAGCAUGAAAGGGCAUGGGAAGAUACGGGAUCUAAUGAAAAGAAUCUGCUAGAUUCAUCUUGUAGGUUUGAUUUUGGCCAUAAGGAUAUGUUUAUUCAAGGAUAUUAUGAUGAUUUACGUUUUUCGUCGAUAAGAAAUGUUAAUGAAAGUAAUCUAAAGAAUUUUUAUAAUACAAGCUGUAGUCAGUAUUCAGAUCCCAAUUUUUUCGGUAUGAUCAAUGGAGAAUGUAUUUAUAAGAAAGUUUAUGAUGAGCAUUCUAUUCUUUCUAUGUUUGUAUUAUAUAUAUUAGAACAUAAUAUGUGUACUUAUGAGGAGUUGUUGCGGAAGGAGGAAUUUAGGCUGUUUUUGAGUGGGAUACUUCACAAUUGCAGGCCAUCAGCAAAGUUAGUUUUAUUUGGGAGUGUUGCUAGUGGCCUUGCAACUGUUAACUCAGAUAUGGAUUUUUGUGUAAUUGAUGAUUCUUUGGAUAUGCAUACGCAUGAAUUUCCUAAGAUUUUAGCUGAGGAAAUUAAAAAAUAUGACAUGGAAGUAAUGUUACUUUUUCGGACAAGGGUUUCUAUAAUAAAAGUUAAUAGUAAAGGAUCAUCCAUGUUUCCAGAGGGAAUUGCCUGUGAUAUUGGGUUUAAUAAUAAACUUGCAAUAUAUAAUACUAAUCUUUUGACUACAUACUCCAAGUGUGAUCAUCGUGUAAGGAAGAUAAUUUUGUUUAUAAAGUAUUGGGCAAAGAGACGUAAAAUAAAUGAUCCAUAUCAUGGGACUCUUUCGAGCUAUGGCUAUGUUUUACUUGUUUUGCAUUAUCUUAUGAAUAUUAUUUCUAUUCCUCUUUUGCCAAAUUUACAACGAAUGAAAGCUACUCCUGGGAAGUUGUUAGUACAAUCAGAGAUUGAAUGCGAUGGUUUUAAUGUUUGGUUUUUUAAGGAUAUUGAUACCUCACGUCCUUUUUCCAGUAAUAUGGAUAGUUUAGGGAAACUCGUUUAUGGUUUUUUUUAUUAUUAUGCAUAUCAAUUUAAUUGGAGAGAUCAUGUUGUUAGUAUAAGGAGCCAAACUGGUCUUUUGACAAAGAAAGAUAAAGGAUGGACGCAAGCAGUUGAGAGAGUUUCUGCUUCAGAUAAUGUAUUUAAAGAUCGUUAUGUUCUCGCAAUAGAAGAUCCUUUUGAAAUUACACAUAAUGUUGGAAGAACAGUUAACAGACAAAGUGCUCAUAUGAUACGAGGUGAAUUUUUUCGUGCAUCAAAAUUAUCUGGUUCAAGAGUAAAAAGCAAGAUAUGUGAUGAAUUAUGUGAAGAACGUAUUGUUUCUGAUAAUUUUUCAAAAACUUUUUAA